AAGAGUGUGUUGGAAAUUAAUUUUGCCGAAAGUCUUUAAGCAGUAGGGAAUUUAUUUCUAUUUCUGCUUCCCCUUCUCCCCCCGUCCAGCAUUUCUGCCUUUUUCCCCCAGCAGCUGGUUCCUGUUCAUUAUAAAUCGGUGAGACCUUUCAGUCUCUGCCCUCUGUUUAGGGACGUAAUAAAACACUUAACUUUCCGGGCCUGAGACUUACAUUCUGUUCCUCAGGUCGCCCACCCCCGCGCCCACCGCUUUUAGGCCCUAAAGGAGACUCUCCCCAACUUUGGGGCCCCUUUCCCCUCCAGACUUGGUUUAGGAGGGGCUCAAGGAAACCCAGGCAUCCUUGCUGGGGAGCUGCAGCACAUGUUUCCCCAGAAGCCCCUUCUUUCUUUCAAGGUCCUUUCUUCCCCCACCCACCCAUGAAAGAGAUUUUAAAAUACGUAGAAAAUCAACACUCAUUGAAAGCGAAACCUCUUUAAGACAUCCUAUCUUCCAUCAUUCAAUUUGUUGUACAUUGCAACAAUUUAAUAUCUUGAAGGAAAUAUCACUGACAUGAUUUAUCCCUCUAGCAAUCUCUCUCUGAAAAGGAGGUGGGGGUGGGGAGGGAAUUUACUCUCUCUUCUGGCCUCUUUUACGUGUUACACUGCUACCCUUAGGGCAGAAUUGAGGAUGGGAACUCUGAGAGCGGCUACUUGUAUCCAGGGGUGCACUGACUUGCUCCUUAAUUCAGCCCCCUCGGUCUUCCACCCCUUCCCCAGUUCUCUCUCCCUCUCCCUCUUGCCCUCCAGGGGGCCUGGAGCCCCAGCCAGCUGUUGGAAACCACUGCCCAGGCAUGCCACGAAUUCAAUUCGAGGACAGCUGGAUUCCAGAGCGAAAAGCAGCUCACGCUGGUGUCUGUUUGUGUACCUGCCAUGGCACCCCAAAAUGAGACAACUCAUCUCAAAAUUUCUUCCUUAAUUUAAGAAUCCUCCUCUACACUUCACCUUCAUCUCCUUGGGGAGAGGAAAGUAUGGUCCAAGAGGGGGAACCUUAAUAACUAUAGGGGCCUUCCCCCUGCCCUUCUAAAUACCAACACAUUUCCCUCCUUUCUGAAGGACUGGGGCUGUAUUUUUAAAAGCCAACACAAAUUGUCUCGCAGGAAGACUCUUCCAUCCCGUAACGAGGUUCAUGUAUUAACUAACAUGUUGUCUCCAUCAGCUCCUACACAGUCUGCUUUUGGGUUCGAAACUUUAUUUUUCCCCCCUAGCGACACUCCAGGGAAACCUUAACGUUACAGAAGAUGAAUAAACGAGUUUUUUUCCCAGCGUAGUCCCGUUUAUGGCUUUAUUGCUACCCAUUGAUUACUCCGCUUUGUUACACAGAAGGAAAAGAUCAUAAAAUCCGGAGACAUCCGGGUUCUUGUUAUAGCCAGUUUCCCACCACCACCAAAAAAUGGUGAGGCGAAAAUAUGAGCUUCCACUGCUCCCUUCGUUUGCCCCACUGACCCCCUCUUUGUCAACUCAAAGCAUUUUCAGCCUAUGUUACGAUAUCAAAAUAAGUUUGGAUUAAUCAGGGGAAAAAAAAAAAAAGAACAUCUGCACACCUUCCGCUGUUUCUGUUUGCCCACUGCGGCUCUCUCAGAAGCCUCGGACACAGCCGCCUUUUCCUAACCUUCUCUUCCUUUUUCUCAGCCCCCAGGUGGGAAGAAAAUGGAGGUAGGGGGCUGCUGAGAGGCCCGACCCCACUAGGUGUGGCCGGCCCUUGGGUGAGAGCACCCCGGGAAACCUUGGCUGGAAUCUCCAAGCCCCAGGGCUCAGGUCCAGGGGCACCUCCCUUGGCAGGACAGAGAGUCCGAGGGGGCAGGGGCUUCUGACCUGGGCAGGGGCUUUGAGCCUGCAAGACACUCACUGUCCAUCAGAACCCCGCCGGCCUUCUCUUUCUGGCUGGAUCCUAUGUGAAUUACCCCAACGGCCCUGGCUGGCUCUAAAUCAUAAAUUCUCACCAACAUAAACAGGAGUUGAUGUGUCUAGAAAGACUCUCAGAGUUCUUUCUUCUUCUUUUCUUCCUUUUUUUCUCUCUCUCCCACCUUUUACUUUUUUCUCUUCCUUUCCUAUUUAUUUUAAAAAUAAAUCUUCCCUUUUAGGCAAAAAUGCUUCAAGAGUUUCCCCCAAAAGGGGUCCUGAGGAGGAGGUAGACGGGGGGGGGGGGGCUAGGAGGAAGAGGAAGCAGAUGCAUGGCUACUUUGCACACCUCAGCUCUGCCACUGCACCCUGAAGUCUCACUCUUCCCUCUUUAGACUUAGGGACUCCCCACAUGCUCCCUCCACCCCAGACUCUCCUUCCUCUGAGCACCAUGUUUUAUGCAAUUUCUUUCCACUUUUGAGUUUUUUUAAAAAAUUAUUGGGAAAAAUAUAUUGGUUUAAUGAUGUGGACUCACUCCAUGGAGUAUCAAACCAGGAUUUCCUGUAGGAUUUCUGGGGAUCUCCCUGAGCUGGGAGGGAGUUCCUCCCAUGGAGAAAUCAAGAUGUAAUUUUAGAAGGGGGCAGAUAUAAAAGAUGAAAUCAGAUUGAAAAUACAGGGAUUUCUCCAGCCCUGGCUGUGGCUACAGCACAGUAAAGUUAGCUGGAGCUUAGAGAUUUCCUGGGAGUGCAGCUCUCCUUUUCUGGGCCCCAAGGCCCUGCUCGGGGACAUUCACCCUUCCUUCACCUUCAAAUCAGUUCCCUUACAUAUAUAUUUUUAAAAGAAAUCCAAGUCUUACUUUCAAAGCACACACUUAGUCUCAACUAGGGAAUCAACAGAAGCAGAAGCGAUUUUUUUCCCCCUUCUUGACAUCUGGCUUGCGAUUGGCUGGGAGGGGGUCAGCUGACUUUGUCAUUUUGUCUGUCCUGGAUUGGAGCCGUCCCUAUAACCAUCUAGUUCCGAGUACAAACUGGAGACAGAAAUAAAUAUUAAAGAAAUCAUAGCCCGACCAGGUAAAGGCAAAGGGAUGAAUUCCUACUUCACUAACCCUUCCUUAUCCUGCCACCUCGCCGGGGGCCAGGACGUCCUCCCCAACGUCGCCCUCAAUUCCACCGCCUAUGAUCCAGUGAGGCAUUUCUCGACCUAUGGAGCGGCCGUUGCCCAGAACCGGAUCUACUCGACUCCCUUUUAUUCGCCACAGGAGAAUGUCGUGUUCAGUUCCAGCCGAGGGCCGUAUGACUAUGGAUCUAAUUCCUUUUACCAGGAGAAAGACAUGCUCUCAAACUGCAGACAAAACACCUUAGGACAUAACACACAGACCUCAAUCGCUCAGGAUUUUAGUUCUGAGCAGGGCAGGACUGCGCCCCAGGACCAGAAAGCCAGUAUCCAGAUUUACCCCUGGAUGCAGCGAAUGAAUUCGCACAGUGUGUAUUUUGUGCCCGGAUCUCUAGGGGUCGGCUAUGGAGCGGACCGGAGGCGCGGUCGCCAGAUCUACUCGCGGUACCAGACCCUGGAACUGGAGAAGGAAUUUCACUUCAACCGCUACCUAACGCGGCGCCGGCGCAUCGAGAUCGCCAACGCGCUCUGCCUGACCGAGCGACAGAUCAAAAUCUGGUUCCAGAACCGCCGGAUGAAGUGGAAAAAAGAGUCUAAUCUCACGUCCACGCUCUCAGGGGGCGGCGGAGGGGCCGCGGUCGACAGCCUGGGCGGAAAAGAGGAAAAGCGGGAAGAGACAGAAGAGGAGAAGCAGAAAGAGUGACCAGGACUGUUCCUGCCACCCCUCUCUCUCCUGCUCCCUCGCUCCCCCCAACUCCCUCCUAAUCACACACUCUGUAUUUAUCACUGGCACAAUUGAUGUUCGGACUUCCUGAGACAAAAUUCGGGAGUCAAAUAUGGACCUGAAAAGUCAGCUCUGGACCCCCUCCCUCACCGCACAGACUCUUUCACAAGGCGCCUCCUCCUGCUCCCUCGCUAGUUCGUUCUCGGCUCGUCUGCAGGCCCCUUCCCUCGCCCAGGCCUUGGGGCUCGUGCCUGAACCUCGCCUCAGACUCCACAGAUCUCCCUCCAAACGAGGACUUGGCCUCCCACCCUCUCGGCGCCCCCCACCCGCGCCCCCGCGCAAAAAGCCGGCUCCCGGGCCCGGGAGCCUCCGCUCCCUGGCCUCAUGGCCCGGCGUGGCAGCCGGGGAGGGCGGGAGGCCCAAGUAGGGCGCGUGGUGGUCCCACAGCAACCCCCAGAGCCUGCCCGCAGCCCCCGCCUGGCCCCUCUGCCCCAGCAAAUGCCCAACCCAGGCGAAUUGUAUUUAAAGAAUCCUGGGGAUCAUUAUGGCAUAUUACAAACUGUGACCAUUUCUGUGUGAAUAUUUUUAGCUGUAUUUGUGGUCUCUGUAUUUAUAUUUAUGUUUAGCACCGUCCGUGUUCCAAUCCCAUCUUAAAAAGGAAAAAAAAAAGAGGGAAAAGUACAAAAA